AUGCUCAAGAUACAGACCGCCGCCGUGCCGCCAAGUAUCCACUCUUCGCGCAUCUACGACCCCUCCGGCGACUCACCGUCCGCUUCCGUGCGCAUCAAGUCUGCCUCCGUUCAAGCAUCCGAUCAACAAUUCUCAACUACUCGGGCUGAUCCCGCUCGGGGCCUCAUGAACGGCAUUGUCGGUACCGCCCCUAUGGGCGCAAUGUACGUCCGCGCCCUUUACGACUACGAGGCCGACGACCGCACCAGUCUCAGUUUCCACGAGGGCGAUGUGAUUCAGGUCAUCACCCAGCUCGAGAGCGGCUGGUGGGAUGGUGUUAUAAACGGCGUUCGAGGCUGGUUUCCUAGCAACUACUGUCAGAUCAUCACGAGUCCCGACGAUAUACCCGACAAUGCCCACAACACGGCCUUCGACGCUGUGGAGGACGAUGUAGAAGACCCUGAGAUUUACGACGACCAGUAUGAAGACGACGACUCUGAGCAAGAUGGACCUAUUGCGCUGCCCCUCGAGGGGGCCGAUGGAGGAGACAGCUCAUUUUGGAUCCCUCAAGCUACCCCCGACGGGCGCUUGUUUUACUACAACAUGAUGACAGGAGACCGUAGUAUGGAAUUGCCUCUGGAGUCCCCCGUAUCCACCAACGAAACUGGACCGCGAGAUCGAAUGAAUGUCAAUAUCCCCGAUAAAACGAGACCACCCCCUGAGAUGAUGGCUCGCGGUCUGACUCAAGAUGAAGAUGAAGAAUCGUUAACCUCUGCAUCCGAAGCCGAAGGCGACUCUUCAAGACUGGCCUCACGUCGUCUAAAGAGCCGCAACCGUGCUUCAUUCGGCGCACUAUCGCCAUCAACCUCCAUGGAUUCUAUCAACGGCGCAUCGCCAAUUGGCCGUAUCCGAAAUGGUGCCUCGUCGAAUGGUCUCCUUACCGUGGGACAGGUCCCUAAUAUAGCAUCUGCAACCUCAUUUACUAGCACCACUUACAACCUUCCCACCACAGCUACUGUUCCUCGAUCGUUCUUUGAUGAUGGCUCUACACCUUCGCUCAGCUGGACACUACUUGUUUCCAAUAUGCGACGUGCUAUAGACCGUUAUCGCGAAGCCAUCAUGAACAACAAUCGCUCAGAGUACGUCGCUAAGGCGGAAGACAUAUCCGACCAUCUACGCCUACUCCUCGCUGCUGGGUCAGGGACUACCGAUAACCACUCUGGCCAGCCAUCUAUUAUUUCAACAAACAAAGCCCUUUAUCCCCACUUUCGGGACAUGAUGUCUAAAUUCUCCAAGCUCGUCAUUUCUUCUCAUAUAGCAGCUGCAGACUGGCCCAAUGCCGAAUCUAUUCAAAAAUGCUUACAGGAAGCCGACGGAGUUCUGAUGGGCGUUUACAGCUACGUGGAAGUGGCUCGACAACAGCGUGGCGAGGAGAUUCCUCGACUCUUCCCAGGAUUCGUGAUUGGAAGUACCACGGGUGGCAGUUGGCAAAAUAACGGCCUGGGCCCUCGAGACGAAAUCACAGCCAAUUUCCUCGAAGAUGAAGAGGGUGUUGUAGAACCAACUGCAAUCCUAGACAACAAGAUGCUGGAGCGACUAGAUGAGCAGAAGCGCAUUCUUGUAUCCAGUAUCCGGGAGCUCGACAAGAGUUUGGUCGUAUUGGAAAAGGUCAUCACUCCUUACAGACAUGAAGUUAUCGGCAAUAAUGUUUGUUUUGCUGGUGGUCGGGUGCUCGACACGUUCAGGCCAUGGAUUGCCAUGAUUGAAUCAAUUGACCUGUCUUCUCUAGGGAACAGCUUUCAGACACCUCAGCUAUCCGACCUUGGUACUCACAAGCAGAGUCUAUACGACAACAUCUCUGAUCUUAUUCUAGGAUGCCAGGCUGUUGCUGGACCCUUGGCUGAUGAAUGGUCUGAAAUCCGUGGCGAAGCAUUGGAAAAUCGCAUGGAAUAUGUCAGACAAUGUGCCCGGGCGUUGGAAACGAACUCGUCGCAUAUUGGAUUCUCGCUUCAAUUAUUGUCUGAACAAGUUCAAAUUAAUAUGCAACAACACCACCUGGAUCAACGACCACGGGAGAACUCCUUUGUCCGAAGUACACUGCAAAGAGGCGAGACCAUGCCUUACGACCGACCACACCAACGUACAGAAUCAAGGACCGCUCCUCAACGCCCACCUUUGAUUACGUCGCAGUCUUUCACUGAAGGCGAACCUGCACCCGGCAACAUGCGCAGGGGUGACUACUCCAAGGUCAAGAAGAUAUUUGGUGAAGACCCUUCGCCUCAGGUUCAAGUAACGGAGGAUACCCCUGAAUUCCUACUUCUUGAUUACGAACAUGAAGUGGCAUGGGAUAGCAAGACAACAACUCCUACAGUCAGGGGAGGAUCCUUACUUGCCCUUGUGGAGCAGCUAACUCGUCACGACAAACUCGAUUCAAACUUCAACAACACCUUCCUCCUUACCUAUCGAUCUUUCACCUCGGCUCGAGAACUUUUUGAAUUGCUUAUCAAGCGAUUUAACAUCCAACCGCCAGAGGGUCUAAGCCAGGUUGACUUUGAGAUUUGGAGAGAUCGAAAACAGAAGCUCAUUCGUUUCCGUGUGGUUAACAUUCUGAAGAAUUGGUUUGACAACUUCUGGAUGGAGGACUACAACGACGAGUCGAAACAACUUGUUCGCGAUGUCUACAGUUUUGCCAAGGACACGGUCAAAUCGACAGAGACUCCAGGCUCAGCGCCCUUGAUGGCUGUCCUUGAUCAGAGGUUGAGCGGAAAAGAGGCUGGUGCUCGAAGGAUGAUCCAAACGGUGAAUCAGAACACGCCUGCCCCGAUCAUGCCCAAGAACAUGAAGAAGCUCAAGUUCCUUGAUAUCGACGUGGUUGAGUUUGCCCGUCAGCUCACGAUUGUUGAAUCCCGAUUGUACGGCAAGGUCAAGGCGACAGAGUGUCUUAACAAGACGUGGCAAAAGAAGGUCCCUGAAGGUGAACCCGACUUGGCUCCCAAUGUCAAGGCACUUAUCCUCCACUCGAAUCAAAUGACCAACUGGGUCGCCGAAAUGAUCCUGGCGCAGAUGGAAGUCAAGAAGCGAGUGGUUGUUAUCAAGCAUUUCGUUUCCGUUGCUGAUCGUUGUCGUUCCCUGAAUAACUUCUCAACGCUAACUUCCAUCAUUUCCGCAUUGGGCACCGCGCCUAUCGCUCGUCUCAAGCGAACAUGGGACCAGGUACCCCAGCGUACACAUGCGACGCUAGAAUCGAUGCGGAGGGUCAUGGCAAGCACCAAGAACUUCGGCGAGUACCGAGAGGCUCUCCAUGCAGCCAACCCCCCUUGUAUUCCUUUCUUCGGUGUCUACUUGACCGACUUGACUUUUAUCGAGGAUGGCAUUCCGUCCAUUAUUAAGAAGACUAACCUCAUCAACUUUGCUAAACGUGCCAAGACUGCUGAGGUCAUUCGAGAUAUUCAGCAGUAUCAGAAUGUGGGGUACUCGCUGCAACCUGUGCCUGAGCUGCAAGACUACAUCUUGAACAACAUGCAGGCUGCUGGAGAUGUACAUGAGAUGUAUGACAAGAGCUUGCAAGUUGAGCCACGUGAGCGAGAGGAUGAGAAGAUUGUGAGGUACGUUGCUUUGCGGAACACGCCCGCAUCGUAUGGAGCGGUGUCCUCUUUCUUCUAG